UCCGCGUGAGCGCAGACCGUGGAUGUAACAUUAGUCAGAGAUCAUUCAUACAGCCGAAAAUAACUGAAUGAUAAUGGCUUCCAGGGAUCCUGUGGUGCGAUUUAACCUCUGAGUAGAUGAUUAAAGAGGAGGUGGAGAGCAUCCCUGAACCUGAAGAUGAGGCGUCUGUCUCGGAGGAAAGCCCUGACCCUGGUGAGAGAGCUGGACGCCUUCCCAAAGGUGUCAGAAAGCCACGUGGAGACCUCAGCCUCUGGAGGAACAGUGUCGCUGAUUGCUUUCGGUGCCAUGGCUCUUCUGGCUGUCUUGGAGUUCUUUGUUUAUAGAGACACUUGGAUGAAGUAUGAAUAUGAAGUUGAUAAGGAUUAUUCCAGUAAAUUGAGAAUAAACAUCGACAUCACAGCUGCCAUGAAAUGCCAGCAUGUUGGAGCAGAUAUUCUGGACCUGGCUGAGACCAUGAUCACAUCCAACGGCCUUCAGUACGAGCCUGUUAUUUUUGAUCUGACUCCACAACAGAGAAUGUGGCAAAGGACGCUGCUUCUCAUACAGAACAGGCUGAGAGAGGAACAUGCUCUUCAGGAAGUCCUUUACAAAAGUCUCCUCAAAGGCGGUCCUACUGCCCUGCCCCCCAGGGAGUAUGCCUCUAUAGAGCCGUUGAAUGCUUGUAGGGUACACGGGCAUGUCUACGUCAACAAGGUGGCAGGAAACCUACACGUAACUGUCGGAAAGCCCAUUCACCAUCCACAGGGUCAUGCCCACAUUGCUGCUUUUGUCAGCCAUGAUACGUACAACUUCUCCCAUCGGAUUGACCAUUUAUCUUUCGGGGAGGAGAUACCGGGCAUCAUCAAUCCUCUGGACGGCACAGAGAAAAUCACCAAUAACCAUAACCAGAUGUUCCAGUAUUUCAUCACAGUGGUUCCAACCAGACUGAACACAUACAAGAUAUCUGCAGACACACACCAGUACUCUGUGACUGAGCGGGAGCGGGUGAUAAACCACGCAGCGGGCAGUCACGGUGUCUCCGGCAUCUUCAUCAAGUACGACACCAGCUCUCUGAUGGUGACGGUCAGCGAGCAGCACAUGCCUCUCUGGCAGUUCCUGGUGCGUCUGUGCGGCAUAAUCGGGGGUAUUUUCUCCACCACAGGCAUGCUUCAUGGGCUUGUUGGCCUCUUUUUUGACGUUAUUUGCUGUCGGCUCAAACUUGGAGUCUACAGAAGAGAGGAGGUGCAGCUACACAACGAGAUGAACAAUCUUAACAAUCACCAGACUCCUUUGUUGGCUGAAGCAGUCCCCCAGGAGUAACCGUUUCUCUGUGAGCAGGCUUUUGGCCAUUGUUAAAUAACGUCAUCAAUGUCAUAUAAUUGUGUUUUCUACAAAACAGUCUAAAUGAUCUGUGCUGUUGACUGACAAAUUGUAAAGUUUACAUAAGAUAAUUGCACUUUAGGAAAAUGUGUUUCCCUUGAAUGCAUGAGUCAUACUUGUGUUUCUUUUAAAAACUGUGAUGGGUUUGUUUCGCAAAGUUUUAGACUUUCUGUCCAUGUGUUGUAAUCUGAUUGUUUGGCUGCCAUUCAGUCCAUUAAAGUUUACAUAUUUACAAAAGAAUGAGGUUUGGUCCCUAAGUGUUGUUUUGUGAAAAACAUUUAAGUCUUGUGUUAAAGUCAUUUCAGAAUAAAGGUGAUCAAAUAUUUUUCAAAGGACAUCAGCAUGCAGUUAACAAUUGAGUUAUGUAUUUCUGUUGUUUGUUCCAUACAGUUAAAGAGCUCUGCAUUUGCAAAGCACAUUGUUUUGUAAAACACACAUACAGGAGAGCAACACAACCCUUAAAACAACAUUGUAAGAAUUGUUAUGAUACCACUGAAAUGACUGCAGACAUUCUGGGUGAUUAUCUCCGUCUAAAUUUCAGAGUACAGUUACCAUGAAUACACCACAGACAUGGGCUUUGCAUAAACAUUUAUUAAGUUGUGUCCCUUUUUCUCCCAUUUAGGCUCGUAACUGUUAUGCAUUUGUAUUCAGUCAAGAGUCAAGCCACAUACAAAACAACACAGUUUUCUCAUGUUUAGUAAAACACGGACUGGCCUGUCACAUUUAACACUUUUGGUAGACUCUGUAGGAAGCUCUGUGGUGGAAUCCUGUGAAGACUCUCACCAAGCAAAGAUCAACAGUCACAUAAAAUGUUUGGUAGUUUAAAAGAAUAAAAUGAACUUCAACUAUUUACAGGUUUUCCAAACUUGGGUCAUUGAUUCAACACCAUGAGGGAUUUUAAAUCCUUUGUUUAUAACCUAGUACUUUUGUGAUUUAGGUCCAGACUAACAAAUAGGUCACAAUUUGUCUUGCUUAAAAUAGUAGUCCACAUCAGGGUAGGUAUGGCGUACCUCAAGGCUCCAUAUUUAGUCCACUACUUUUCACUUCUUCUGUUCGUCAGAAUGUUCAGCAUGAAUUCUAACUCUUAUGCAGAUGACACUUAACUCUGUAUUGCAAGAACUCGUAAUAAUGCUUCCAUUCUCUGUCCUGUUCACUAGCUGUCCAAAAGCAGAACAUAUCUUGCUUUUCUUACUCAAAUAAAGUUGCUGCAGUAGGUGUUUAAAGCAGCAGUUUUCUAAAAGUACGAUCUUUGAUAUAUUUAACAGACCUAAUUACCUUUUCAGUAACAAGAGGCGUGCCUCAAGAAAUAAAUCUUCAGUCAAAAGUUUCUUUAUUUUAACGUUGCAUAUACGUUUUGUUUGGCUGUUACCUAAGGUACAACUCCAGCUUGUGCCUCAUGUAAAAGCAUCACAGAUCAGGACAUUUCUCUAAUAAAUAAAUACCCUGCAAUUUCUUUUUUUAUAAAACCCUGUUUUUCAACAGCUCUGUAAUUAGUUGAAAGAGAAAUAAACGCUGUGACUCAAUUGAAAAGCUAAUUUACAGGCGGCACAACUUGGGGUUAGGUCUCCAUUUUCAUCAAAUGAACCCACUCUCUACUCCGCUAAGUUGCCUGCUCUAAGCUUGGUCCUCUAACCCACAAUCUCGGACAUGUAAAUCACUGAUAUUGUACUGGACCCAUUCCUUGGACUUCUUCAUUUUGGUUCUUUUAUAUCACCAUUAUGCCUUUCAGAAUUUUAUUUGGAAUUUCCAACUACUAUAACUUAACUUUAAUUCAAAUGUUUUUCCACCUGUACAGAGCUAAACAAAUAAACUCAACUCUGAUGUACUCUUAUUUAUAUAUAUUACACUGCCAAGGUCUACCACAUAUAUCAAACUUUGACUCAAGUAUAAAGAUGUAAAAGUAGUAAACUUAGUUUCAGUACAAACUGCUGUACAAACAGAUGAGCAUUCAAACAAACAUGGUUUAUGUUCAAAGACAUAUGAACAUUCUCUUUGUGAUAGUAAAUAAUGGAGACAGAUAUAUAUUUUUUGGUUUAUUUAAUGAUACUGUUGUCUUGAACUGUAUAGUUGGAAUUUAGAUGUAAUAUUUGUCUCAGUUUAGAGACUUGAGAUAGAUAACCAGUUAGUUUUUAAGGUGUAAUCU